CGACCUUUUCCUUUUCUGUACUCUUCAAAGGAACCCUUUUUAUUGUCUGAAUGUAUAUCUUGGGAAAGAAAUGUCUAUGUUACCUUCAUCAGAUUGAUUGGUGGAUUCUGGAACUUGUAUCUUCCACGUGUUCAUAUUUCAUCAUACACCUUUCAAGAAAAAUAUUCUCACCAUAGCCUUGCAUUUGAAAAAGUGGUUGGUAUAAAGUGUUUCAGCGUUUAACCCAAAAGAAAGCAUCAAACGAAUUCUUUAUUGGAGUGCAACUCACAAUCUGAAUAAAAUAGAGGGAGACAGCUGGGGCUGACUUUAUUGAAAACUCAUUUGUAAUGUUUCAAGUUGGAGUUGUUUACCAAAGAAUCAGUUAAGAAGCAGGAAAAGUUGGUGAACAAUAUAAAGCACAGCUGCCUCCCUUUUGUCACAUUUUGAUCCCCUUUAUAAACCAAACUUCCUGUCUUCUCUCUACAAGCCACAUACAAUAGACAAUAGUCCAUUGACGACCUUCCUCAUUUAACAGUUCAAGACUUUAAACAUCAAGUUGGCACGAGAAAAUCCUGCAACAAGCAAUGGCAACUAGAAGCAUGAAGGGAACAAUACUUGCUGCAGUUUUUAUAGUUGCAGCAAGUUUAUGGCUGGGAGCUGGGGCUCAAUCAAGUUCAAGUUGCACCAAUGUGCUCAUUAGCAUGUCCCCGUGCCUGGAUUAUAUACAAGGAAACUCAUCAAAACCAUCUUCUUCAUGCUGCUCUCAGCUUGCUAAUGUUGUGAGGUCACAGCCUCAGUGCCUUUGCGAGGUCCUUAACGGUGGUACCUCAUCACUUGGUGUCAGUGUUAACCAGACCCAGGCCAUAGCUCUCCCAACAGCUUGCAAUGUUAAGACUCCCCCUGCCAGCCAGUGCAAUGCUUCUUCUUCUCCCUCUGACUCUCCAUCAGGAACAUCAAUUCCUCCUUCAUCAGGUGGUGGUUCUAGGACUGGUCCAACAACGGACAAUGGCACAUCAGCUGGGAACUCCACAAAGCUGUCAUUUUCACUGCUCUUCUUCUUCUUCUUGCUCUUUAUCACGGCGCAAGCUUCAAGCUUUAUCGCCAUCUAAGCAAUUCCGUCGCCGAUGGACCCUCUCUCCUCUAUUAGUUCCAUUUUAGUAGUUUUUUCUUCGCUGAUUUUCAAUUUGUUAUUAAAUUAUUGGGAGGAAUAAUUUCUUGGAGAUUGUAUUAGUUAUUUGGUUUUCUUCGUAUUUUUA